AUGGCUAGCUCCUUACCCAAUGGCUGCUCUUCAGCGUCUGGAGUUACCUCCCCUUACCUAACAAUCAUUAAAUCAACCGCAACCAGACCUGCAACCUCAGCCACCGCUAAUACCACAACAGCAGCAGCAGCAACGACUCCUAUCAGGAGCCCAGCUGCUCUAUCGUCCAAUUCCAUUUGCGAUGCUUGCUACAGGAGAAAUAGCAGAUGUGCCAUGAACGAGUCAGCUAAUAAGUGCUUCUUGUGCGAAUUCUAUCUCCAGGAUUGCACAUUCAUGUACUCGGCACAGGUGCAGCAAGCUGAACAGGCUCAAGAUCAAUCUCAAGCUCAGGUUCAGAGCCAUUUGGGCAAGAGAAAACUUCCGGACGAGUUUGUGGCGGGGACUGGCGAUGAGGACCGGGGUGGCUUAAAGCGGCCUAUCCUCGAGCAACCCCUUUCCCCGAUGUCAGCGGCUGCUAUGCCUGAUUCUCUUUUUCACAAACAUCCCAACCCCCACUCCGCAGCAUCAUCAGCAGCGGCAACCUCUAACUUCACUUCUGAUGACUACUCCUUUCAGACAAGCCAGUACAUUGGCAUGACUACAGAGCUUGAACCUCUCCUUCUCAACUACCUCACCCUCGACCGCAACAACGAAAGCCCUCUGGCAACUUCGCGCGUGCGAAAAUUUGCCGAUGACGGUACAUUUAUGCGCAUGUUCGACGGCUCCCGACAAGAGUCCCACACUAUCUCUGUCGAAGCCAUCGACAACCUUGUCAGCCCCUUUGGCCCAAUACUCGUCGACAAGUUUUUCCAGCACGCUCAUCCAGCUUUCCCCGUGUUAAUAGAAAAUUCAUUCCGUCACCUGUAUCAGACUAGACGGAACAUGUCCCCUGUGCUGUUGGCUGCGGUGUAUUUUGUCGCAUUGAAGUGGUUGGAUCCAGCGACUAUUGCAAGCUUUGAGCUGUCGGGUGCCGCUGUGCAGACAUUACGAACACCAGAUGCAACUCGACUGGAAACGAUGGCUACUCGGUUAUUUAACGAAUCGGUCGGACAGCCACACAUAUCAACCCUCCAAGCAGGCUUGCUUCUCUCGCAGCGAUCAACUCUGAACAAUCCAGAGCUAAUAGCGCAGCUCGUGACCGCCGGGUUUGACCUAGGCCUUCACCAGGACUGCAGCAGCUGGAACACCUCUGCGUGGGAGAAGGGACUGCGCAAACGUCUGGCCUGGGCCCUCUAUGUGCAGGAUAAAUGGUGUGCGCUCGUCCACGGUCGUCCUUCACAUAUCUUCGCCUCAAACUGGACAGUACAGGAAUUAACGCCAGAGGACUUUGCGGACGCCUAUCCAAUAAGAAGCAGCAGCAGCAGUGACAACAACAACAACAACAACGACCACAUCAACUACCAGGACACUUCUGCUGUGGGAUCGGGUGCCCUCCUCUUCUGUCGCUUCGUCACACUAACCGCCAUUCUCUCUGAAAUCCUCAAUACCUUCUACACGCUGCAAGCAACCUCCGAGUUCGCCUCUGCAGGAUCACAACGCACCCGCAUUAUCCUUGAACGCGCAAAACCUAUCCAAAUCCGGCUGAAGGAGUGGUUCGUACAGCUACCCAAUGAAUUGAAAAUGGAACAUCACCAACACCAGCUCUGCUAUUAUCCUCAGAGCGAAAGCACCAGUUCCACAUGUAUAAGUACAAACACAGAUAACCCAGACCCUGCCAACGCCAACUUCAACGGCGGCCUCCAUCUCGCCUACUUCGCGACCGAAAUAACCCUGCACAGAACCAUAAUCCGCUCUCUAGGUCCGGAUUCAGCAGACCCUUACCUCUCACACAUCUGCCGCUCAGCAGCAAAGACCCGACUAAUCUCAGCUAUGGACUUCGUCAAUCGCCUGCGGCCCGCGCACUUGCGGUCCUUUUGGCCCUCUGCAUCUCGCACGAAUUUCGCGCUAAUUAGCUCCUUUGGUAUUCUGCUUAGGGCUACCGCAGAGACGUGGGAGGAGGAGGAGUUCUAUCGGAUGCGAUUGGGGGAGUAUCGGUGGACUCUUAGUGUUAGUUGUAAGGACGCCGAGUUUUUAGUUGGAGCAAUUGAUGGGUUGGAUGUGGGGAUGUGUUUGUUGAGAAAUGUGCCGCCGAAGAGGGCGUUGGAGGAGGUGGUGGUAGAUGAAGGUGGUUGGGUAGGGGGUGGUGGCUCUGCUGUGCCGCAGAAGAGAAUGGAUAGAGUCAACACCCUUACCAAUGUGACUGGAGAUAUCGUUACUAUUGUCGAGGAUGAUGAGCGGUUGGAUGGUGAUUCGGAGCAGGAAGAUAGUGUGGAGAUGUAUGAAGAACAGGUUGAGGAGGGAGUGAUGGAAGAAAGGGAAGGGGAGGAUGAGAACUCAGUUUCCUCCGACCAGUAUUCUGAGGAUGUCUGUCCGCAACGUCAGUGGCCAAAUCCAAAUCAGGCUGCCAGUACUGGUGCCGGUGCGACUAGGAGAGGUAGUUGGCGCAAUCGCCGCCAAUAUCAUAACGGAGGACAUGGUACGGCCUCAAAUCGGGGCCAUAGGAGCGGAGCAACUACCAGCGGAAACAGUCCAAUGUUACAAAGCUCUGGGGAGUCUGCGGGUCAGAGUACCAGUAAUUCGAAUCAGAACCGGCCUAGGAACAGGAAUCGGAGCACUAAUGUCGGUUUUAAUGUCAACGAUGCAAGAUCUGGAUCGUUGUCGUCUGUUGUUUCGGGGCUGGCGUCGCCGGCGGCUUCAAUGGAGGGCGCGAGAGAGAGUUCAGGAAGACGGCGCAUGGGGAUUCAGAGGUGA